AUGGCAGAUUUUGAAGGUGGUGGUGAUGAUGGUGGUUAUGAAGAGUUUGAUGAGGGAGGUGGUUUUGAAGAGGAAUAUGUUGAAGAAACAGAAACAACAGAGGCAUAUACAGAUAUUAUUGAUCCUUCAGCAGAUGCAAAUACAGCAGAAGCAGGUAGAAUUCCAAAUCACCUUAGAAAAACAACAAGAUACAUGACAAAAUACGAAAGAGCUAGAUUACUUGGUUCAAGAGCAUUACAAAUUAGUAUGAAUGCACCAAUCAUGGUAGAAUUAGAAGGUGAAACUGAUCCAUUACAAAUUGCUUGGAAAGAAUUAAGAGCAAAGAAAAUUCCAUUAAUUAUUAGAAGAUUCCUUCCAAAUGGAAUGUACGAAGAUUGGAGUGUAGAUGAACUUUCAAUUUAA